CUUCAACCCUGCUUCACGUUGGGCCACCAUUCGCCCCUUGUCUGAAAAUAGAAAGAGGUUACAGAGUUUGCUCCUAAUUCCCAACCCAGAAAUAACAAAUUUGCUCUAACCCACACUUCAUCUCUAUAAUUCCAUUUCAUUUCCAGUAUAGUUUUCUUAUAGCUUCCCAAAAAAAAAAAAAAAAGUGCAAAGCUGUCUUCUUUACCGGUUAAGGAAAAGAUUUAAAACUAUAGAGCGUUGGGAAUGCUAUCAGGUUAGAAUGAUUUGCUGAAUCUUGUUCAGCGACUCAGCAUCACUGGAGAAAUUUAUCAGGUAUUGGUUACGAGGAAAACAAAAAUUAACAACCAAACAUUGUAUAACUAAAUGCUAGUUUUUAUGUGGAGCUUAAACUCUGUCAAACCCAACCAAACAUGGCACAAAUUAGUGCUGGGUUUUAUGUGGAGAUUAAAUCGCCUCUAACCCAAACCAAACGGCCCUCUAAAUGUAUUUCUACAUUGGGUUCCACCCACUCCCUAACCCAGGGAAGAUGUCAAUCUCGUUGUCAAUGGUGGAUGGUCUUAAGGCUGCUCCUUGCUCCACAUGCCAAAUUAACAUGUCAAAUUGCUUGUUUUGAAGAAAUGAUAGAUGUCUUGAGGAUAGAUCCAAUUCCAUUCAAAAAGUCAAAUGGAAUUGUAUAGUAUCUUUUUAUUUUUGGUGUAGAGAGAUAGGCUUAGAAGAUAUAGAUCAACUUGUAGACUUAUUAAGAUCACUGGACUCAAUGCUGUGUGAAUUUGAAGUUCACUUAUAUGUGGUAGUUCCUGUGGAAGAUCUAAAAGAAAGCAGAGAACUCCCUGGAAGUAUUGUCAUCAGGCGUCUUUUUAACCAGCUCACAUUUCUGAGGGCUACAGAAGAUUGUGGAUACUUUCUCAAAGUAACAAAAGUGAAGAGCGUAGGCAAUGGAAAGUUAUCGGACUCAUCAAAAUACAUCAUAUUCCCUGUAACCUUCUACAGUCGUACCUUCUUACCUAAAACUGGGGAAGUCUUGGUUGGUAUAGUCAUCAAGGUUUGCAGCGAUGGAGUCUUUCUGAAAUGUGGACCUAUGAACUCUAUUUACCUCAGUCGUCGGAAGAUGCCAAAUUACAACUAUGUUUCGGGUGAAAACCCAUUCUUCUUAUGCGAUGAUCACUCGAGGAUUGAGAACGAAGUGGCUGUCCGAUUUGUGGUGUUUGCUAUGAGAUGGAGUAGAACCCUUGUUAGGAAGUUCGACGUUCUUGCAAGCAUAGAAGGUGAUUGCCUUGGGCCAAUUUCCCUGAAUGGAUUAGAUGGACUAGAGCUGUGAAUUUCUCAAUAGGAAAGGUAAAGAAAAGUGCAUUGUUAUAGUUUCUCUUACCAAAUCAAAAUAGGAAAACAAGAAACUUUUGUAUAUGUUGGUUUACUUAUAGGAUGUAAAUGAGUUAUCAGUGACAUUAUGAAUGUACAUGGUUGGUGUUACAGCUUUGCUGGGAAUGUGUUGGAGAAAUGAAAAUGGCUGAGAUGCCAUGACAAAAAAUUGGCUCGGUCCAAA